AUGAAGGACGAGAACGGGAAGCGCAAGGCAUCCGAUGAGCCGGCGUCGCCCGUCGCAUCCAAGCGCGUCAAACACGACGACUCGGCCGAGCCCGAGAAGCCGCCCGCAAAGAUCCCAGCGAUUCCGUAUCCUGAAAAGCCCGCCGUUAUCGAGGAGCGCAAUGGCGAGAUCGAAUUCCGAGUGGUCAACAACGACGGCGAGCGCGAAAGCACCAUCAUCCUGACGGGCCUCAAAUGCAUAUUUCAGAAACAGCUCCCCAAGAUGCCCAAGGACUACAUCGCCCGGCUCGUCUACGACCGCACCCACCUGUCUAUCGCGAUCGUGAAGAAGCCGCUUGAGGUCGUAGGCGGCAUCACAUUCCGGCCCUUCAAAGGGCGCAAAUUCGCCGAGAUCGUCUUCUGCGCCAUUUCGUCCGACCAGCAGGUCAAGGGCUAUGGCGCCCACCUUAUGUCCCACCUGAAAGACUACGUCAAGGCGACGUCGGACGUGAUGCACUUCCUCACCUAUGCCGAUAACUAUGCGAUCGGCUACUUCAAGAAGCAAGGGUUCACGAAGGAGAUAACCCUCGACAAGUCCGUCUGGAUGGGGUAUAUCAAAGACUACGAAGGCGGCACGAUCAUGCAGUGCACCAUGCUGCCGCGCAUCCGCUACCUGGAGAUGGGCCGGAUGUUGCUCAAGCAGAAAGAGUGCGUCCAGGCCAAGAUCCGGGCCUUCUCCAAGUCGCACAUUGUCCAUCAGCCACCGAAGCAGUGGAAGAACGGCGUGACGCCGAUCGACCCGCUGUCCAUCGAGGCGAUCCGCGCCUCGGGCUGGUCGCCGGACAUGGACGAGCUCGCGCGCCAGCCGCGGCACGGACCCAACUACAACCAGCUGCUGCACCUGCUCAACGACCUGCAGAACCACCCGUCCAGCUGGCCCUUCCUGGUACCGGUCAACAAGGACGAGGUGCUCGACUACUACGACGUGAUCAAGGAGCCGAUGGACCUGUCCACCAUGGAGAGCAAGCUCGAGGCCGACCAGUACACCACGCCCGAGGACUUCAUCCGCGACGCCAAGCUCAUCUUCGACAACUGCCGCAAGUACAACAACGAGAACACGCCGUACGCCAAGUCGGCCAACAAGCUCGAGAAGUUCAUGUGGCAGCAGAUCCGCGCCAUACCCGAGUGGUCGCAUCUCGAGAAUUCUUAG